UUACCUAAGGAAGCUAAGAAGGAUAAUAGCAUAGGACUAAGCCCACAAUCCCCGAAACCUAUCACAUUGCGGGCCACAUAAAGCCCCGCCAUGCACAAAAGAAAAAAACGCUAGACUCUAGAGAGAAGGAAAGAUCCCCUCAAGGACCUCAAACACAAACAUUACUCCAUCUAACCCCCUGGAACGGAAGACUAGACUAGAAACUAUCCCCAAACAAAACCUCCUCGAAUCACAGUCACAACACCCCCAACAUGGUGCUCAACCUGCUGUUUAUAACCACAGUGAUCAAGUCCACCUUCGGAGUGGUCACCACUGGCCUCUGGCUCAUACCCCUGAUGCUGGCCGCCAUCACGUACUACCGAUACGACGCCGUGGACCCCGAGUCGAGACCGCUGGAUCAGCUGAAUCUCUGGCCGGAGUACGACUUCAUAGUGGUGGGAAGUGGUUCGGCGGGAGCCGUGGUGGCCAAUCGCCUGAGCGAAGUGCGAAAGUGGAAGGUGCUGCUCAUCGAGGCCGGUCCGGAUGAGAACGAGAUCUCGGACGUGCCGUCGCUGGCGGCCUACUUGCAGCUGAGCAAGCUGGACUGGGCCUACAAGACGGAGCCCUCGACCAAGGCCUGCCUGGGCAUGCAGAACAAUCGCUGCAACUGGCCGAGAGGUCGGGUCCUCGGCGGCAGCUCUGUUCUCAACUACAUGCUCUAUGUGAGGGGCAACCGCAACGACUACGACCACUGGGCCUCGCUGGGCAACCCGGGCUGGGACUACGACCAUGUGCUGCGCUACUUCAAGAAAUCGGAGGACAAUCGCAAUCCGUACUUGGCCAACAAUGCCUAUCACGGGAAGGGAGGCCUGCUCACCGUCCAGGAAUCGCCUUGGCACUCGCCCUUGGUUGCCGCUUUCGUAGAGGCCGGCACCCAAAUGGGCUACGAGAAUCGGGACAUAAAUGGCGCCCAACAGGCCGGCUUCAUGAUCGCCCAGGGCACUAUUCGCCGCGGGUCGCGCUGCUCCACGGCCAAGGCCUUCCUCAGACCCAUUCGCCAGCGCAAGAACUUCCAUCUCUCCAUGAACUCCCAUGUCACCAGAGUCAUCAUCGAGCCGGGCACGAUGCGGGCCCAGGCGGUGGAGUUCGUGAAGCACGGAAAGGUCUACAGGAUAGCAGCCCGCAGGGAGGUCAUCCUAGCGGCCGGAGCCAUCAACACACCCCAAAUCAUGAUGCUGUCGGGUCUGGGCCCCAAGAAGCACCUCGAAAAGCACGGAAUCCGGGUCCUGCAGGAUCUGCCCGUGGGCGAGAAUAUGCAAGACCACGUGGGCAUGGGAGGACUAACGUUCCUGGUGGACAAGCCCGUGGCCAUUGUCCAGGACCGUUUCAAUCCCACGGCAGUUACCUUCCAGUAUGUGCUGCGGGAACGCGGACCGAUGACCACUCUGGGCGGAGUCGAGGGCCUGGCCUUCGUCCACACGCCCUACUCGAAUCGCAGCCUCGACUGGCCGGACAUUCAGUUCCACAUGGCGCCGGCCUCCAUCAACUCGGACAACGGGGCCCGAGUGAAGAAGGUGUUGGGCCUCAAGGAGUCGGUCUAUCAGGAGGUCUACCACCCCAUUGCCAACAAGGACAGUUGGACGAUAAUGCCGCUGUUGCUGCGACCCCGAUCUCGGGGCUCUGUGAAGCUCCGCUCGGCCAACCCCUUCCACUAUCCCCUCAUUAACGCCAACUACUUCGAUGAUCCGCUGGACGCCAAGACCCUGGUGGAGGGCGCCAAGAUAGCCCUGCGAGUGGCCGAAGCCCAGGUCUUCAAGCAGUUCGGUUCGAGGCUGUGGCGGAAGCCACUGCCGAACUGCAAGCAGCACAAGUUCUUGUCGGACGCCUAUCUGGAGUGCCACGUCCGGACGAUUUCGAUGACCAUCUACCAUCCGUGUGGCACUGCCAAGAUGGGACCCGCCUGGGACCCCGAGGCUGUGGUGGAUCCCCGCCUCAGGGUCUACGGCGUUCGGGGCCUGAGGGUGAUCGAUGCCAGCAUUAUGCCCACGAUAAGUAGCGGGAAUACCAACGCUCCGGUCAUCAUGAUUGGCGAGAAGGGCGCCGAUCUCAUCAAGGAGGACUGGCUGACGAAUCCCGAGUACAAGGUGAAGCGGCAGGCGCAGGUGGUGCGCGAAACAGAGCCAGCCGAGAGCAAUCUGGAGGGCAUCAGUCUACUGCCACCGGUCAGCAACACAAUCCAGGUGGACGCCGAUACGAUUAGUGACCGGAGCGGCAACAGCAGCCACCACCUCGACGUCAGCAGGAACAGCACCCUCGAGAGCAGCAGCUUCAGCGGCAACAGUACCCCAGUCAUGGUCAGUUAGUGAAUCGGGAGGAGUAGUGGGAGGGGCUAUAAGUUCCAAAAUAGUGCUCAGGGGUCCAUUAGCUUUACACAACCGAGAAAACGAGAGAAAAAACACAAAUGUUUGCCAUUGCUUGAAUUAAUUGUGGUGAUAAGCCCGAAAAACCCCAUUCUCUAGCUCAAUAUCCUCUUUUUUUUUAAUCUCAGCUAAUGUCAUCCUUGAAUGUAAAGAGUCUCAAAGCAACCACAAGAAGGACAACCCAGAAAUCGAGUCAUAGAUUAAAUGCCUUACUUCACUUAUGCUGUAGACUAUUCCUAGCUGCCUUAGUAAUUGUUUCUUUUCCAUCUAAUAUACAUAUUUUUUUUGUGUUUAUGUAUUAUUUAUGCUAAGCUAGUACUAGAAUAUUUAAUACUGUUUGACUAUUUAUAAGAAGUUCUCAUACACGCGCAUUAUUUAAACGACAUUCUAUUUAAUAAAUUAAAUAUCAUAAUUA